CAGGUUUCUACUGUGUAAUAAACCAUACCCUUUAAGAUGGAAAGUGAUAUAAUUCCUGAAGCAUCUUCACACUGUACUUUUGGGGAGAUUAAAAGACGUGUGAGGGAGAAGAAGAACGGAGCUCUAAAAGUUACAAAGCUGAAUGCUUCCCUUGCAUCUAAAAUUAAAACUAAGAUAAUAAAUAGUUCCUCACUUUUAAAGACUUCACUGAAGAUCAAUAAUAAAGCAUUGGCUAUGUCCCUCAGUAUUGAGAAGGAAAAUUAUCGGAGGCUAAAAAAUGAAAAACUGUUACUGCAGAAGGAAGUAGAUGAGAUGCACUUUCAGAAUGUCUUACUUCGUGAAAAAUUAUUAUGUCUGGUACAUUCUAAAAAAUAUUGUGUGCAGUAACAACUCAUUUGAAAAUGGUUCAUGUUGCCAAAAUAAGGAAUAUUACUAUUUUCA